AUGGGUAAAAAGAAAAACAACACGGCCAAAGAAGUGCAUGACUUUGUUCUUAAAGGAGUCAAUGUCAAAGAAAUGCGGGACUUUGUUCCUAGAGGAGUCAAAGAAACUGCAGAGAAUGAAAUGAACAAAAUAGCUGAAAAAGUUAUUAACGAAAAGUGCAGGAAAUCAAGAAGGAGAACCUUUGUCUAUAUGGAUUUUCCAGUGAGCAAUGGGAAGUUAAUUUGCAAGAGACGAGAUGCAAGAAAAAUUCAUCUAGUUUUGGGGGAUAAUUGUUGGUCUGAUGAUCCAUUCUCGAAUGAUGAUAAUGCUUGGAAAGCGCUUUAUCACAAGGCUAUGGAUCUGGUCGCCGGUGGGUUUAAGGCUGAGAGAACGGAGGAGGGUAAUGAGUUCGAGAACUUGACCGUAAGGAGGCAGGAUUCUCUCUGUUUGAAGACGAAAGAGGAUAAGAUAGAAGGUGAAAUCAAAGAGGAGGUGCUGGAGUUAAAGGUUAAACAUAUGAUAAAAGAGUUGAACUAUAUUCAGGAAGGAAUGGAUCAGAAGCUGGCUACUUAUGAAUCCCGCAUUAAGGAUUUAGAAACUUACCAAAUCCAGCUUGAUAAAUUAUUGGAGGAGGUUAAUGUUAAGGAGAAACUACUUGAAAGGGAGAAACUAUUUGAAGGACGGUGGAAUGAAUUACUGAUGAAGGAGAAACUACUUGAAGGAGGUAGGAAUGAUUUGCAGCAUAGAGAGAAACUAUUAGAGGAUGUGGAGGAGCGACGAUUGCAGGCGGAGGCUGAGGCGACGGCAGCAGGCGAAGGCGGAUCUUCAGGCAGCAGGCGGAGGCAGAUCAAUCUUCAAACGGCGACGACAGAUCUUCAAAAGGCGGAGGCGUCCGGUGGCAAUCGUCGUGGGUUGGGCGGCGUCGUCGUCGGGGAAGUUGAGCAUCUAGAUUCAUCGGUGAAGGCCAUUAAUGAAAUGAUCCUUGAGCUCAAGACAAAAGAAGAUGCUUUGAAUUUGAGAGCUACGUCGGUUAUUGAAAUUCAAGAUGCGGUUGAGAUGUUAAAGAUCUCUUUGGUGACUCGAUGUGCAGAACUUGACCGUAGGGAAGCAGAAUUCUCUCGGUUUCAACAGGAGAAGAUUGAGUAUUUGAGGACAAUUGAGGAUCAGAUGAAAAGUAGCAAAAGAGAAAUGGAUCACAAGGUGGCGGCUUAUGAUUCAUACUAUAGGGAAGUGACAGCUUUCUAUAUAAAUCUUCAUAAACAAUUGGAGGAUGUUCAUGUCAAGCAGAGAAAACUUGAAGAGAUCAGAAUACAUUGCUGCACCGGGGAACCUAUUCCAAGCUCGAUGGAACAUGUUAGUACAGAAGGAGAAACUACAAAAGAAGAAGCUUUGAAUUUGAGAGCUAUGUCGGCUAUUGAAAUUCAAGAUGCGGUUGAGAUGUUAAAGAUCUCUUUGGUGACUCGAUGUGUAGAACUUGACCGUAAAAAGGCAGAAUUCUCUCGGUUUCAACAAGAGAAGAUUGAGUAUUUGAGGACAAUUGAGGAUUAG